AGCAACAGACGAACUGAGAGCCUAAAGAGAGUGCAUAAACCCCAACAAAAAAAAGAAACACCAAACAAAACAGAACUAUUGGAUUUGCAAAUCAUCUUUGCCGAGGCAACAUAAGAAAUAUAAUAAUUAUUGUGAAGUAAAAAUGUCUCAAUUGCAGGGUGUGGAAACUUUAUUUAAAGAAUUAAAUACAGAAUGGUCAAAAAAACCACAAAAUUUAAAGAAAUGUGGUCAAUUGCUGGAUCAAUUGAAGGUGGCCCUUACCAAAUUGGCAUUUUUGCCCACCAAAGAUGUUACAUCCACAAAGGCUGAAAUGGUGUUGUCCCGUAACGUUUUGGAAAUUGCUGUCGAAUAUAGCGUAGCCACAAAAGACAUUCCGGCAUUCGAAAGAUACAUGUCUCAAUUGAAAUGUUAUUAUUAUGACUACAAAAAACAAAUUGGCGAAUCGGAAAAUAUGUUUAAAUUACUUGGAUUGAAUCUUUUGUAUUUGCUGUCGGUGAACAGAGUGUCGGAGUUCCACACUGAACUGGAACUAUUGUCGGCGGAAAUUAUACACACCAACAAAUACAUUGGACCCGUUCUAGCUUUAGAGCAGUACAUUAUGGAAGGACGUUAUAAUAAGAUCUUUCAAGCCAAGAGCUCUGUUCCAUCCGAAAUCUAUUGCUAUUUCAUGGAUAUUUUGUUAUGUACCGUGCGUGAUGAAAUUGCCGGUUGCAUUGAAAAGGCCUAUGACAAAAUUUCCGUGCAAGAUGCUGCAAAGAGGCUAAAUCUUAAAACUGUGGAGGAAGUCAAAAACUUUGGCGUUAAGCGCAACUGGCAAUUGGAUGCGGGCGGUGUCUAUAAUUUUGUUGACAAAUCGGUCAAACCCAAAGAAGUGCUACCCUCUGUAGAAUUGGCCGAGCAAGCCAUAUUCUAUGCUCGCGAAUUAGAAAUGAUAGUUUAAAAAUUAUUUUUUAUUUGUAAAUUUUACCAUUAUUCAUAAAUAAAUAUUUUUUGCACACACAUGCACUCUCACCAACAAUAACAAAUAAAAGAAUAUUAUUUCUUUUUCA